UUUCUGUUAUAGGAAUCAAGUAAGAUAAUAGGCUUCACAAAUGAUUUACAUGUAGUGUGCUUCAUUCCUCGUAAGAACACUUAAUUUCAGUGUUGUUCUAUAUAUUUGAAACUGCCUUUUUGUCAGCACUUUUGGUUUGUUCUGAAUGAUCUUGGCAUGUGGUUCCUGGUUGAUGUUUUUAUUUAUGGUUUCUAUUUAUACAUGCAACCAGUGGUUUCAUAGGUAUUUAUGAUGUUCCCCACUUCAUCAAGACAUUAAAAUAUGAUGUCCGUAUUGCUAUGAGCGUCCCAGAUAUCAUUACAAACGGAAAAGCUAAGAAGCUGAAAGCCUACCAGAUCCGGCCACCUCUAGAUGCACCGGUAACUUGGUAUACGACAGUUGCUUUAGAGAAGAUGAAGAGUUAUGGGGCUAUCUAUUUAACUCCAUUUUCACAUCGCUUGGCAGAAGAUAUAAAUGAUCCAGAGAUCCAGACAUUUCGAUGCCAGGUGAAUUAUCAUGCAUUACGAUUCAAGCCAAACAUCAUGAAAACAAGCAGUGAGAUAGUGAAUAAACUCCGCUCAGAAGGCCAUUUCAUGUCGAUUCAUCUUCGGUUUGAGAUGGAUAUGCUUGCUUUUGCUGGGUGCAUUGAUAUAUUUACACCUCAGGAACAGAAAAUUCUGAUCAAGUACCGCAAGGAAAAUUUUGCAGAAAAAGAACUUGUCUAUAGGGAAAGACGACUCAUUGGGAAGUGCCCUUUAACUCCAGAAGAGGUAGGUCUUAUCCUUCGUGCACUGGGCUUUGAUAAUACAACACACAUUUACCUUACUUCUGGAGAUCUCUUUGGUGGGAAACGCUUCAUGAGGCCCUUCAAGGCUAUGUUUCCGCGCCUAGAAAACCAUAGCUCCGUUGGACCUGGAAAGCUGGAAGAAAAUACCCAUGGGUUGGCAGGUUCUGCAGUUGAUUACAUGGUCUGUCUCCUAUCAGACAUUUUUAUGCCCACAUAUGAUGGCCCAAGCAACGUUGCAAACAACCUCACUGGUCACCGCCUAUACUAUGGUUUCCGUACCACCAUCACACCAAAUAGGAAGGCCCUUGCUCCGAUAUUCAUGGACAGGGAAGUAGGCUCGACAGCUGGUUUUGAGGAGCGAGUGAGGCAGGUCAUGAUGAAGACAUAUGUUGGUGGCCCCCACAAGCGCAUUCAUCCGGAACCUUUCUAUACAAACUCAUGGCCAGAGUGCUUUUACCAGGAGAACCCUAGGAAUCAUGCAGACAAAUGCCCACCAGACAAUAUAUACGAGGUUCUGGAGAAUCAAUUUCGGAGUGAAGAGAAUGAAGAAAGUAUAGAAGUGAAAGCCACGAGUCAGACUGAUUCAAUCAGCCAAACCGAAGAGAUUGUGAUUUAACUGAGGAACCAAACUGUUAUUGUCUCAGAGGACGAGACUGGAUCAUUUAUGCCUGUAGCAGAUUAUUGCAUUUUCGAAUGGAUUGACUAUCGAGGGUACGGUCAGGCCUAAUAAACUUUGAUGGAGGUAGUAUUUCAUCACAAAAAAGUCACAAAAAAUUACACAUGUAGUCUACAUCCAUAUGAGCAUCUAUUUUUUUGGGUUGUUUUUGGAACUUCAGAAUACCAUUUUGGCACUAUUGAAAAUAUAGUGCUCAC